AUGAUGGCUCAUGUGCGGGCGGUGGAGAAAACGGCGGACAGGGUGAUCUACUCAGGGCUGUCGGGAGAAGAUGAACCUCCGUUAUCAGAUGAGGAGGGACGGAGAGACGACAUAGUUAGGAAAGCUAUAAAGCGUCAGCAACAAAAUGUCACCGGGGGGACACGUCAAUUACGGCUGGGGGAUGAGGUCUGGUUACGUAAGUACGGUGGCCAAGAUAAAUGGGUGGCAGGGAAGAUCACAGAAAAGAUCACAGAAAAGUCGCCGAUGCGUUUGGCAAGUACUUCUAGCCUCAACGAAGACGCGGAACAGAGAAGUCAGCUGUACGAGGCGCCGAGUCCGGGUCACUCCGUGAGGGAUGCGUCGGCGAUAGGCACAGAAGCAUCCGACGGCUCCGAUAACCAGGAAGAGUUUCGGGACUGCCAAGAACAACCGGUUCAGAGUAACACACAAUUGCCCGAGCUACCCCCUGAGCCGCCCCAGUCUCGUCCAUUUCGUCAAUGUCGUAUUAAUAACCCACCGCGUUAUAAAUUC